UUGGAGAAAGACUAGACGACAAUAUGUUGGACGCUAAAUUGCCAUAGCGCGGAGGUAGUCAAGUCGGUUGCGGCGAGAAUGGCGUGAAAUAAUGCGGGGUCGGAGAGGCAGACUGACAGCGGGCUGCUAGAAAGUUGUCCUCCCGUCCUCAGGGCCGCUGCCAGUGGCUCCUCUCGGUUUCACUGUUCUUUCGAUCCUCAUGCAAAACCUAACGGUUCUGGGCAGCCCCAUCAACUCCAACUCCAAUGUCAUUUGCUCUUGCAACUGCACCGGAUCCCAGCCCCAGGGGAUGGAGAUAUCUGAACUGGAGUUUGUUCAGAUUAUCAUUAUAAUUGUGGUGAUGACCGUGAUGGUAGUCGUGAUCAUCUGUCUGCUGAACCACUACAAGCUCUCCACCUGGUCCUUCAUCACCCGGCAGAGUCAGGGUCGCAGACAGGAAGAGGCGCUGCAGCCGGAUGGGUGUCUGUGGCCAUCGGAUGUUUCUCGACAGGGAACGUCAGAGAUAAUGUACGCCCCGCAGUCCAGGGAGAGGUUCACCGCCCCCUCGUUUAUGCAACGGGACCGAUUCAGCCGCUUCCAGCCCACCUACCCCUACAUGCAGCACGAGAUCGACCUGCCCCCCACCAUCUCCCUGUCGGACGGCGAGGAGCCGCCGCCCUACCAGGGCCCCUGCACGCUGCAGCUGAGGGACCCCGAGCAGCAGAUGGAGCUGAACCGCGAAUCGGUGCGCGCCCCGCCCAACCGGACCAUCUUCGACAGCGACCUGAUCGACAUGCACAGCGGCGGGGGGCCACGCCCGCCCAGCAGCAACUCGGGGGUCAGCGCCGCCAACUCCAGCAGCCACGGCCGCAUGGAGGGCCCGCCGCCCGCCUACAGCGAGGUCAUGGGCCACUACCCGGGCUCGGCCUUCUUUCUCCACCAGCACAGCAAUAAUCCUUCCGCACCGAGGGCCGGAAGCAGAACGGUGAUCCACCCCCCGCAGGGUGACCCCGAAAGCACAACGGUUCCCGCCAAGGAGGGCCACCGGGACGAGCUGGUGUGACGGAGGGGCGGGGGGGAGGAGCGGGUUUGGGCGCGCUUGCUGACUACGCGCCCCACGUUCCUCCCUAGGCGCGACGGGGCGUGGCCUCUUUCUCGACACUCCCAUGCACAAGCGAACAUUGACCUUCGACAAGGACGCGUUGAGAGAAGAGAGGGGGAAAGCUAAAACAAAAACAGUCUGUCGUUCUUUUUGAAUGCGUAUCGAUGGAACUUGAGUGGGGGGGAGGGGUGGGUGGGGGGGGUGUAGGCACUGCGUGGUGUUUUUGGCUUCGUAGUUUUUUUUUUGUUUGUCUGUUUGUUUUUUCCUUCAUAAGAGAAAAAGG